AUGUUUAAAUUGUCUUUUAUUCUCUUCACACUCGUCGCCUUGGCCAACGCACGUCCUGGCUACCUGCAUGGCCAUUACCCACACAUUGACUACCCAUUGCUGCCUCACCAUCAUGAACCGUUACAUUUGACUAAACUGGUGCACAUACCGGCUGCCAUUUCACAUCAGAGCUCAACAGUUAUUCACAGCGCGCCAAUCAUUAAGCCAGUUGUGGUGCCGGUGCUGAAGACCGUCGUGCAUCCGAUUGUCAAAACAUAUCAUCCGGCGCCCAUAAUCAAGGCUUAUCACCCAUUCGCUUUGGAUCCAUACCAUCAUCACUACGAUCAUCAUGACUUUCAUCAUUACCAUUAAGCCCUGUAAAUAA